GCGGCGGUCGUUGAGAAUGCCAAGACGAUACGAGGACGCCAGACCUUGAAAUUGCCGAGAUAAUACGAGGGGCUGCUCCCCCCAGUACUCCUCACUCAUCCCACGUAUCGCUUGUGUUCCGUACGGUACCAUCAUGACUCUGGAAUCUGCCAUCUGUCCGCAUCUGCGCCGUGACAGAACGCUGCCAAAAUCCACACCAGCCAAUUAUGUACCACCCUUCCCAGUCUUCUCUGCGCGAUUCGACGAGGACAUGCAAGACGUAGCAAUGGUGAUGCUGGGCGCCGUAUCAUCUGAGGACAACACUACCCUUGACUACGAUGCACUCGUCCCACUUGACCGACUGCUCGAACUCGGCAGUCCUUUACACGGCCAUCGGACCCUCUGUACUUCUACGGAUCCUCAAACGCUUCGCCAAACAAGAGCAUGGAAAGCAUGGUGGCCGAGCAGGCGAGACUUUGAGGAUUGGAGAUUGUCAAGUGGAUUUGCCGCCUGGUUCGCCGGCGAGGAGAGGGAAAAAGAAGACAUUGGGUGGUUCGUCGAGGCUAUAUUCCCGAGCAUGGAUCGCUUCGAGACCGUCUUCUCGAACGCUGCCAGCCUCGAAGGGGCCGCGGUGCUCAGUUCCCACAUGAGCGGGGCGAUUGAAGAGCACGGAUAUUGGGGCAGCGCCCGAGACCGCUUUGCGGUCGGACAGCACGACCCCAUGUCUGCUGUCCGCUCAGCGUGCCCUGUCGCUGGGCUGGCCGUCCGCGCUGAAGGACCCCAAAAAGCAAGUGGCUCUCCACGUCCUCAACAGAUAUCUUCCAAAAGGGUCAUAGUCCCCGGCCAGCACAACCUCUGCGUCAUUCACUCCGGCCAAGAUUGGUCGCAGAUGACAGGGUCUGAUCGCGAUCUGUACUUGCAUACUUUGCAUCCCGUUCUCGAAAGGGGAAUGUCUUUCCUUGCCCAUCAAAAGGUUCCUCUCUCCCAACGUGAGACCAGUGCAGCACAAAAAGAGCGACGGACCUACGGCUGUUAUGAUUGUCGUUUUAUGGAUCACCUCGACGCUUCUUCGUUAGAAUCUUCCCUUUCCAAGUCUUUCGGACUGGCAUACUUUGAUUCUCUCUCCUCCCUCGAAGCGUGGGCACGGGAGCACAAGACACAUCUUGAUAUCUUCAAUGGCUUCUUCAAAUACGCUACAGAGACCCAGGGUAAAGGAGACCUUCGACUUUGGCACGAGAUCUGUGUGCUCAAGGAGGAUCAACAGUACUAUGAGUACAUCAAUUGUCCCCCAGGCACUGGCAUGUACGUUGGGCUAGCCGCCCGUGUCAACACAUCCACAGAUCUUGUGUAAUCAACAUCGGAAGGCAGGGCAAAGGAAUUGGAUUUGAUUCCGAUGGUCGUAGUUCUUUCUCUUGUCAUUGAUCACAAUAACAAGGCACAAAGGCAAGGCUC